CUCGUGUGUGAAAACAGUGUAAUUCCAUCACACGUCAGAAAGCUGUCACAAAAUAUUCUGGAUGUUGCAGGAAUUUUAAAAGACCAAAAUGCCGCAGGAGAUGAACGUCCUGCGAUGUUAUUCUUGCGAAAUGUUUCAGGUUCACAUUGUGAAAAAAGCGACCAAGUGGCAAUGUAAAGUCUGCAAUGAAAAACAAUCUAUACAACAUGUUUACUAUCAAGGAUCUGGUCUUGAAUGUCGUCUUCAAGUUCAACACUUGAAUCUUACGAAACAAACUACCCAACAGCAGGAGUUGAAGGCAUUAGAGUUGAUUAAAACUGAUGAUACUGUAUCUAAAACCUACCAAAGUAUCGAGUAUCCUGCAAAUAAUUCCAACAAAUGGGCAAAAUACAUGAGUGGGCCUCCAAACAGUCUUCAAAAAAUAGAACAAGGUGUUGAUGUUGAAGAAGGCUCAUUCCACUCUACAAAUGUUGAAGUGCCAUCUGAAAGUGAAUUUCAUGAAAAUGAUAACUGUGGGAAUGAUACAAUAAGUCCGAUAAAGAAACGUGCUAAAAUAGAAUUAGAUAGUGCAGUAAACACUUUGCUAUUAAAAUCUUUGGACUCUACUGAAAAUGUAUUAAAUUGCGAGUUUAAACAAAUCAAUUGUACUACUGAGAAUGAGUCUACAUCUCCAAAACAGAGCCUUCGCAACAUAGUAAAAAUCAACAGGUUUGAAGCAACAAACUGUGUAAAAAAAAAUGUAGUCCCAGUUGAUAAAUUAAUGUCAUCACAUAAGGACACAAGUUGUAGUACAGCUGCACCAAAAGUUGUUGACUUUGUGCCAAAACAAGAAUCAAUUUUUGAGUCCAAUUGCGAUGACUUUGAUGGUAUUCUCGAUUUCUAGGAAAUUAUUAUAUGGAUCAGUUUUUGAUUUGUAUGUCCAGUGAUAACAAGUGUCCUUACAAGAUUGAACAAAUAUUUAUGUUUCGUUUUACCAAAUAGAUUUCAUUGAUUUUAAACUAUAUUACGAAAAAAAAAUCGUUUCACAGGGAUUUUAUAAUUUUAUUUCCAUAGAAUUACCUUUUAUGGGUCAAAGCCAGGCUGAAAAGAAAGGUUAAUACAAUUAAUAGCUUAAAUCGGUGGAUUAAGAGAUUCAUUACAUUAUUACUCUAGCCACUAGAUUCUUAUAAGAAAUAUAAAUAAAUUAAAAAUGGAUAUUUUUUGUUCUUUUUUUUAUGACUUACAAUGUUUACAUAUCAUAAUUGUAUGUACGCGUAUCGAUCAGCCUUAACUUAUUAAUUGAUACGUCAUACGUUGGAUUGCAUCGUUAUCAUUAAUGUCAGUAGGUGCGUAGACACCAUGCAUAAUGUAUAAUACUACAUAGAAUUAAUGGCAUAAAUAUUUUUCACUAACUA